AUGAUCAAACCAUUGACGAGAUUGAUUUCUCGGAGGAAGAGAAAAACUAACACAGAGUCAAAUAGAGAAGAGAGAGAAAAAUCUAGUCUUUAUAAAGACAUCAAACACUCCAAAUCUUUAUGCGCCAACGGACUUGUAGACACAAAUAAGUACAUUUAUAUUGAACAGACCAAGUCAGUGGAACAAAAGUUAUUGCCUCGAAUUGAAAGAGGGGAAUUUUGCAUUCUAAUAGCACCAAGCCAAUCAGGAAAGACUUCGCUUGUAGUUAAUUCAUUAAUGCCCAGGCUCAAAGAAAUUGGAUAUCUACCAAUAUAUGUCAACAUUAGAAAUGUAGUCUCUAUGUGCGGAGAAACGACCAAAAAAGGAGAAUCUACAACUUUCUUUACCUGUUUACUGAAAGCUAUAAACAUAGCUUUGAAAGUGGAACUAUACGCUCCAACUUUAGAAGACUUGUUUUCCCAAUUAUAUGGGCCUUUUAAAGACGAAAAGGUGGUCCUAGUGAAGGACGAAAUAGAUUCGAUUGCAGAGCUUGAGAGACUUGAACGAGCACGUUUUUUGGCUAGCCUGUCGGCCAUAAAACAGAUGAAAAUGAGUUACAGUCUUUAUUCCUGUGUGGCUAUUACAAAUUGGGUUGGUGAACACUUUGGACAGACCAUUGGAAAUUCUCCAUUCAACGUUACCAAUCUUGUUUAUGGAGACUAUUUUACUAGAGAAGAAGCUGAUUUGAAAAAGAAUUGA